AUUUAAAGGUGGUCAUUCCAUCAUAAUUAGGAUUAGAGAAUUCAAAAUAUUGAAGAUUAGUUAAAGUAAUUCCACCCACUGAGUGACAGAUCAUACCCAACAUGUGAGCAUCAGUCCACCCUGUUUCUUACUUUUCAAAAGGGCUGGCGGUGGGUUUAGACACUGAGAGAGGAGUUUAUGUGAGUGUGCUUUGAGAGUCUUUUUGAGCUAUUGCCAACCAUAUCAUUCUUCUUCCUUUCUUGCCUACCCCUUUUUUCUUUCUUUCUUUCUUUCUUUCUUUCUUUACUAUACUGAAUCUUGUUUAACAGUUUAAGAAGGAUCAUUUCUUUGAAUUCUUCAUCAUAAUCAUCAGUCUAUAUACAUGGCUACUGAUACUGUUUCAUCAGAUCAUCCUACUACUGCCUCUGAGCAAGCUGUAAAGGAAGUUCCUGAACAGGUUAAGAUUAUGGAAGGAGAAAGUUUUCCCCCUACCAAGGAGACUGAAGUAAAACCAAAAGAAGAAGAUUCCCCAAAUCCGGUGGUUUCUUCAACUGAACCAGUGGUAAAAAUAGAGGACACAAAAAGCGAAACAAUGAUAAUUGAAGAGCCAAAGAAGAAUGAUGAGGAAGAAAAAACAAAAUCAGUGGAACCAGCCUCAGGAAUAGCUGAAGAGGUUAGGAAAGCUGAGGAAGAUAAGAAGCCUAAUGCUGACGAACCAUUCCCAGAAAUAGUUGAAGAAGUAAAGAAAGCUGAUGAAGAUGAGAAGCUAAUAGCAGACAAAGCAGCCCCAGCUAUAGUCGAAGAAGUGAAGAAAGAUGAUGAGGUAGAGACGCCAACAAUAGAGGCACCACCACCAGCAAUCAUAAAAGCGGUAAAGAAAGCUGAGGAAGAGAAGCCUAAAGUUGAUGAACCAGCUCCUACUUCAGUUGAAGAAGUAAAGAAAGUUGAUGAGGAAGAGAAGCCAACAUCAGAGGAACCACCAGCAACCAUCAUUGAAGAGAUAAAGAAAAGCGAUGAGGAAGAGAAGCCUAAAGCUGAUGAACCAAUUCCAACAAUAGUCGAAGAAGUAAAGAAAGCUGAUGAGAAGCCAACGAUAGAGGAGCCACCACCGACUAUAAUCGAAGAGGUAAAGAAAAUUGAUGAAGAAGAGAAGCCUAAAGCUGAUGAACCAGCUCCAACAAUAGUGGAAGAAGUCAAGAAAGCUGAUGAGGAAGUGAAAGCUGAUGAACCAGCUCAAACAAUAGUGGAAGAAGUCAAGAAAGCUAAUGAAGAAGAGAAGCCAAUGGUAGAGGAACCUCCAGCAACUAUAAUUGAAGAGGUAAAGAAAAGCGUUAAGGAAGAGAAGCCAAUAGCUGAUGAGCCAUUGCUCCCAGCAAUUGAAGAGGUUAAAAAAGUAGAUGAAGCACCUGCUCCGCCAGCCACAGCUCACGAGGAAGAGAAUUCAAAAGCUGAGGAACUGCUAAGCAUACCUGCUACUUCAGCAGAAUCAGAAGAAAAGAUAGCAGACAAGGAAAUUGAGCCUCCUACUGUUGAAGAAGUUAAGAAACAAGAUGAAACACCUGCAUUGGAUGUCACUAGCAAAGAUCUUCCAGAAUUAACCAAGGAACCUGCCCUUGAACCAGAAGCUCAAAGCAUUCCUGAUCAAGUUGCUGAUGUUACCAAAAGUGAACCAGAGGUCCAAGCAGAGGCUGGAAAUGUCGAAAUUUUAGACAGAAAAUCUAAAAUAGAGCCUGUUGAGGAAAAGCCUAAGCAGCAGCCAACAACAGUUCACAUUGUGGAAAAGCCAACUGAAGCUACUGAGAAGAUUGAGCAAGAAGCUGCUGAGGCCGUUGCUGGAAAAGAAGAAGUGAUUCCAGUAGAUGAGGUAGAAGAGGCCCCAAAAGAGGAACCUUUUGUUGCAGAGAGCUCAAAUAAAGUGAAGUCAACUACUUUAGAAACACUAAUGCAGAAAACAGACAAGGAAGGUCCUACAGAAGUUGUUGCAGACAAUGUUGUUGUUGAGGAAAAAGAAAAGGAAUCGGUUCCAGAGGCUACAGUUGCUGAAGCACCAGCAAAAGAAGAGGUGAAAGUUGAAGAUCAAGACGAGCAGGUGGUUAGUGAGGAAUUAGCUGCAACAGAAGCAAAGGUAGUUGAAACAUCUGAAGUUGCUGAAAAGGCUCCAGAAAUGGAGGUUGCUUCCAGAAACUUUGAACCAAUUGCUGAAAAUGGGAGCAAAAGCGACGAGAAAAUUGAUACAACUAAGGAUCAAGAUGAGAAGGGAGAGAAAAGUGUUGCGACUGAGGAAUUAGCUGCACCACAAGCAAAGGGAGUUGAAACAUCUGAAGUAGCUGAAAAGGUUCCAGAAGUGGAGAUUGUUUCUAGAGACAUUAAGCCAAUUGCUGAAAAUGGGAGCACAAAGGAUGAGACAAUUCCUACAACUGAAGCCAAUGAAGCUGCAGAAGUUGAGAAGAAAGUGGAUGAGGCAACAGCUAAUGCUACUGCUGAACCAUCAGUUGAAGAGGCUCAGAAGUCGGAGACAGAGACGAGAGAUGAGAAAACUGCUGAAGGAGAGAAAGAAGUUGAGGAGACCGCAAAAAUAGAAGCUGCUAAGAACGCUGAAGACGAGAAAGCUACAGAAGAAGUUCCAGUAAAGGCAAAGCACUCAAACAAUCUUAUGUCCAAGGUGAAGCAGUCUCUUGUGAAGGCAAAGAAAGCAAUCAUUGGGAAGUCUCCCAGCUCUAAAUCUGAUACAAAGAAUGAAGUUAAAACCAAAUAAGACACAGGGAAGAAACAUUACAAUCAUAAGUGAGUUGUUUUAUUAGUUGUGUGAUCUUUAUUUCUUUUCUUGAUUUUUUUUUUUCUUCAUUUUUUGGGUCACCAGGGGUCAGGUAUAUUGGUGCUAGUGUUUGGGGUGUUGUAUGAUUCUAGUGUUUGUCAUACGUACAGUAUAGUUAUGGUUUCUUUGUCCAAAGUCCAAACUAGAAAGAAUGUUCCUUUUUAUGUUUUUCUCUUCUUAUUUGACUAUUGAGUCAGUUUGUGAGUUUGUGGAAAACCCUAUUUAAUUGAUUGGAGGAUGAUGUACAUAAAGUGUCAUAAUUCUAUGUAUAAGCUUGUUCUUGUUGCA